UCUACCCAAUGAUGUUAUAAAAGCUGUCGUUCCAUUCGCUGAUUUUAAGACACAGUCACUCUCAGACACGGCCAAUGCAUAUUCUCCAGCAGAGCAUGGAAAUAGUUGUGUUUCUGUUUCCUCAAUUGAACUUUUCUGCCCCCAAAGAGGAGCCAUAUUUCAAAAUGCUGAGUUCUUCAGAUUUGCAGGGAAUAAAAAAGGCUGAAAAAAGUGGGGUUAAGGAGAAGGAGAAGGAGAAGAAGAACAGGUUUAGUUUACUUAUGACAAAGUCAGGAUCUCAUGAAAAUGUCAACCCACAAUCUGACCCUAUAAGUGUGGCCCCGGAAGAAGCUGUGAAGUGGUGCGAAUCCUUUGAUACCCUUCUUGCUCAUAAAGAAGGACUUCAAGUCUUCAGCAUGUUCCUAAAGUCACAAUUCAGUGAAGAAAAUAUUGAAUUCUGGCAGAUCUGUGAAGAUUUUAAGAAGAUGAAGCCCUCUGCUAAACUGAGCUCUAAGGCUAAGAAGAUCUAUUCUGUUUAUGUUGAAACCGGCUCACACAAGGAGAUAAACAUUGAUUAUUCCACAAGGGAAGCCAUUAAAAAGAAUCUGCUGAACCCAACACCAUCUUGCUUUGAUUUGGCACAAAAUAAAAUCUACAUCUUAAUGAAAAAAGACUGCUACCCCCGAUUUCUUAAAUCUGACUUUUAUUUAAACUUGAUUAAAACGACAAAACCACCAACGCCGCCUCACGGCAGCAUGUACCGAAGACGAUCGCGGUCCUGUAUCUUCAACGAUCGGAGCGAGGCAGAGGCAGAACUCGGCAUCUGGCUAUGAAGGUACCUAAAGGGCAUGAGAGACGGCAAUCAUGAGGGAAAUAACUGAAAGAAGAAGUGGUUCUAACAAGCUCACAAGAAAAGGACUUUAGGAUUCCCGUAGUGUGGGUUUUAAUCAUUAUCGGUAACUCAUGAUGCCAACUGAAUCUCUUAAAUUCAGCUAAACUGGCAUUCUUCUUUUCAAGUUUCUUGUAAAAGUGGCAUUUCUUAAAAUUACAAAGACCACUCUGUGCCGUGGCUAACAUAGCUGACUAACACCAGAAUUUAAAUGUUAACGUUGCCUGAACAGAAUGCCAAGUGUUCAGUCACCGUUGGGCCAUUAACGCAAUGGCAGCAGUCUUUGUUUUGGUAAAUCUGUGACUUUUCAGUGGUGACAUCCGUGACAGUGAUGAGUUAAACCAGGUUAGGGCUGGCAAAUACUUCUACAAUUUUCUUUUAAUAAUUUAACAAGCAAAGACGGAUUAUUGCUGACUGAACACUAGGCAUUUUGGGUUUUUUUGUGAACAAAAGGCCAUGUUCAAAGCAUUCAUUUGUAUUUAUUUGUGUGUGUGUGUGAUUUAAUGAACAUUUAUUUGCAGUACUCACUGUGAAUUUUAUUCAUGCAAGUGUUUGCAUGCAGUGCGGCCAAAAACGUCAGAUGUGAGAAAGAACGCUACUUGCUCUUUGAUCUCAUACUUCCAUUUUGUAAACCCACUUUGAUUGCAGCACCGGCCCUGAGUGGUACUCCGGGCUAACUGGGCACACUCAUCCAUACAUAAAGCCACACUCCAGUAUCUGCACAAUUCUGCCAUAUGUAUCACGUAUGUGGCACCCCCAGCUAUGCUGUUUCUUUUACUACAUCUGUGCACCUGUUGGACUUGAGGUGACACCCUUAUCCACCAAUUCCAAGUUUCUACACAUCUGCACAUUUGGGGCCUCACUGCAUUUGUAAUAAAAGUAAUAUUUUGGCAACACUGUAGUUGAGGUACUGCAAAAACGCAUCUAUUUACUCUUAUGUAACAAAACCUUAACACACACUCCUUGGGUCUCCAUAACACUUCUAAAGCAUCAGUAAAGUGUUCCUUCACCUAACAAAACUUCACUUUGGAGUGCUCUGAGGUGUCUUCACUGUGACACAUUCCUCUUGAUAUUACAGAUUUAUUAUAAGACCUGAGAAUGCUUCAUGCUUACAAGUCAUUUUACCAGCAUGUCAAUACGCCACACAACACAGACAUGAAUAACCCAUCUGAUAACUGAUGUUUUAUAAGAGUUAUGAAGACCAAAAGAAGCCUUUGUUAAAGCUUUAAUAAUAAUAAAACAUUAUAUUUAUAUAGCACCCUUCCCACACUCAAGGCACUUAGCAAAUUUAAUGAAAAGUGUUAACAGGGAGGAGCGGAAGCAGCACUCUGUCACAGAGGAGUAAAUGAGUAAUAUUCUUGCAAUACCUAAACUGAACUGCUACCAAUACUUUUUAUUGUUUUCUAACAAUUGUAAAUUGCACUGUUUAUUUAUUUAUUUCUUGCUUUUAUUAACAUUGUUUUUUUCCUGUCUCUUUAUUAUGUUAUUAUGAUUGCUUUCAACUUAAUUUAUUAAUACUGUUACAUGUACUGCUAUUUUAUUUUUAUACUUUAAAUUAUUAUUUAUGUUCACAUUAAUUACAAAAAGACAUGUUUUUGGAACCAGGAAUGCUUAAAAAUGAUGACUUCUGUUAAAAUAUUUAAGUAAUGUGUUUUCUGGAAAAAUUAUUUUAUUACACCUUUUGCUGGGAUGCAUCUUAGAGCUGAAUUACCAUUAAAAAGUCUCACAUCAUUUGUUCUGCUCAUCUUAA